AUGGCCACGGUGUGGGCGCUGACGACGCUGCUCACGGCCAUGUUCGCCUGGAGGGUGGCGCCGAUCAUGCAGCUGGCUGUCGGCGUCCUCGUCUUCCUCUGCCUCCGCGAGAUCGAUCAGGUCCGCGGCGGGGAAGGCGGCGCCAGGAUCAACAUGGGCGAGCAAUACUCCGCGCUGGCCACAGUGGGCCUCGCCGUGCUGACGUGCACCGCGGCGCUCGACACCUACGACGCCCGGCGCGACCCGGGCUUGGCGGCGUUCGUGGUCGUGUCCUCCGUCGUCCUUGUGGUCCUGAUGGGUCUUUUUGUCCGUGCAUUCGCCCAGGCUCGCGCCAGUGACUAG